AUGUUUUGGUUAUAUUUAACUGUGAUAUGCUCUGUGGUAGCUACAAGCGCACAGCAAUCAGCACCACCACCAUUUGAUAUUCGUAUUGAUCAUUAUAAAGUUGAUACAACCAAAGACUUGGUAAUUAAUACACCUAGACCAGGAUUAUCAUGGAAAUUACCUAUAUUUACAGAGCGUAAUGUUCAACAAACAGCAUAUCAAAUUCAAAUUCAAUCUGAUAUAGAUAAAUGGGAUAGCGAAAAAAUUCUUUCAAGUCGAUCAACACAUGUUUCGCAUGAAAAUAUGAAAGAUCUUCAAUCAUCAACACACUAUCAAAUUCGUCUUCGCGUAUGGACAACUUUAUCUGGUCAAGCAAGUUCAUGGACAAAUUGGAUACAAUUUCGAACAUCAGUAUUUAAUUUACAUGAAUAUAUUAUGCAAAAAAAUGAUGAUGUUUAUUGGAUUGGUUCAACACAAAUAUAUAUGAAUGAAUUACGAAAAGAAUUUAAUGUGUCUAGUACCAGUCCAAUUCGAACAGCAACUGUUCUUAUCUCUGGUAUUGGAUAUUAUGAAUUAUAUGUCAAUGGACAAAGUGUUGAUCCUAGUCGAAAAUUAGAUCCAGGAUGGACGACAUAUGAAAAACGUACUUUAAUGGUUUCAUAUGAUCUUACAUCAAUGAUUAAAGGUGGUAUGAAUGCUGUAGGUGUUAAAUUAGGUAAUGGUUGGUAUAGUCAAGAACAAUAUGUACCACCUUCAGCUAGCGAACCAAAUUAUGGUCCACCUCGUCUUAUGUUUGCUUUGAGUAUUGUUUUCGUAAGUUCUGAAACUAUGUCAGUCGUUAGUGAUCAGACAUGGAAAGGACGUCAAGGAUCAAUUGUACAUGAUAGUGUUUAUAAUGGAGAAAUAGUUGAUAGUCGAAAUGAUCGUGUAGACUGGGCUAAAGUUGGAUUUAAUGAUAGCUUUUCACUUUGGGUGACACCUGAAAUAAUGCAAUCACCAAUUAAUGUAGCUGCAAAUGGUCAAUUAAGUUUACAAGAUAUGCCACCAAUACGUGCUGGUGUAGAUGCAUUACAAUUUGAAAUUGAUAAUCCAUUAAAUCUAGAGAAUAGUUAUUUAUCAAAAGAAGAUUUAGCUGGUAUUCAAGGUGGAAAUUUACAUGAUGGCGGAGUAUUAAAACCUAUUAGUGUAUCAACACCAGUUUUAGGUGUUCAUACAUUUGAUAUGGGACAAAAUAUGGUUGGUUGGUGUCGUUUUCAUUUCCAUGGUCCACGUGGUCUUGGAAUAUAUAUUCGUCAUGCAGAAGUAUUAGCACAACCAGUUGAAUCAACAAAACAAUCAUAUGGUGGUAUUUAUACAGAAAAUCUUCGUGGUGCUACACAAACUGAUAGUUAUAUAUUACGUGGAGAUCCAAAUGGUGAAAUUUAUGAACCACGUUUUACUGUUCAUGGUUUCCGUUAUAUCUCAGUUUAUGGUUCACCUGUUGGUUUAUCAGUUAAUGAUGUUGAAUGUCCUGUUGUACAUAGUCAAACAACUGUUAAAGGACAUUUUGCUUCAAGUAAUCCAAUCAUUAAUCAAAUUCAACAUAAUGUUCAAUGGGGUCAAUUAGGAAAUUCAAUGUCAUUACCAACUGAUUGUCCACAGCGUGAUGAACGAAAAGGAUGGAUGGGUGAUGCUGCCUUGACAGUUAAUGAAGCUUUAUAUAAUUUUGAUUUAAUUAAAUUUUAUUUAAAUUUUCUAAAUUUAAUUACUGAUAUUCAAUUAGCAGAUGGUUCUAUUGCUGAUACUGUACCAGUAACAUUUGGUGGUUAUCCUUCAGAUCCAAAUUGGGGAACUGCAUUACCAACAAUAACAUGGCAAUUAUAUCGUCAUUAUAAUGAUGAACAAAUUCUUCGUGAUCAUUACUCAUCUAUUCGUGCAUAUGUUGAAGCACUUCGUGCUGGAUACAAAAAUACAGGUUUAGCUAAAUUAGCUUAUCAUUAUGGUGAUUGGGUUCCACCACCACCACAACCAAUGACAAAUGUUUAUCUUAUUGCAUCAUUUGCAUUUAUGCAUGAUGUUUCAUUACUAAUCAAUAUGUCACAAAUUAUCGGUUUUACAAAUGAUACACAAGCAUAUACAGGAUUUUAUACACAAUUAGCAGAAGAAUUUCAUCGUGUAUUUUUCACACCAUCAGGUGGUUAUUAUGCUGAUGGUAUGCAAGCAGCACAAAUUCUUGCAUUAGCUUUACCUAAUGUUGUUCCAGCAAGUGCAAGAGAUUCUGUUUUUCAACAUUUACUUCAAGAUAUAAAUGCAAAAGGAAAUCAUACAUCAACAGGCAUUGUUUCUACUGCACAACUUUUUCCACUUUUAUCUGAUAAUGGUCAACAUAAUUUAGCCGUUCAAUUAGUUUCGUCUACAACAUAUCCAUCAUAUGGUUAUAUGUUUAAUAAUCCAUAUGAAAAUGCUACAACUAUGUGGGAAUUAUGGGAUGCACCAAUGGAAGGUCCAGGAAUGAAUUCACGAAAUCAUCAUAUGUUUGCAAGUAUUGGCGCAUGGUUUUACUCUCAUUUAGCUGGUAUUGAUUUUCAAUCAGAUUUAAUUGUUAUUCAUCCACGAAUGGUAUCAGAAGAUAAAAAACAUCUUUUAUCAAAAAUUGAUUGUCAAUUAAAUACAUUAUAUGGUCUUGUUCAUGUUUCAUAUACACGUGAUGAACGUAAUACAUUUGCCAAUUCAAUUUUACUACGAGUUUCAAUACCAACAAAUGCAAAAGCUCAUGUCGUUUUUGAACCAUUAUUUCCUAAUGCAAAAUGUGUAUUAUUAACUGAAAGUAAUAAAGUUAUGUGGUCAAUUACUAAUAAAGAUAAUACUGUUUCACAUGAUGCACAAACUGGUUUAAUGACCGUACAAAUUGGAUCCGGUGAAUAUGAAUAUCAAGCUUUUUGGGAAUAA